UUCAGCUGUAAUCAAUAGAGUUAAAACCAGCUCCAGCUUCAUCAGCUGUAACAUUAAAGUGAUCAAUAAUCGAUAAUUAUAAACUGGUGACACAUCUUUUAUUGCUGGUAUUUAAAGUGUUUAAACGUCGAUACUUGGGACUAAAGUCACAGUGAAUGAACUGAAGGAAACAUCAGAGAGAGGCUGCAGCUGAUAAUCAAUUAGUUGUUGAUAGAGAAAGAUCAAUCGAUUCAUUUUUAUGAAGCUUUAUUUGUGAAUCGAAAAGUGUAAAUCUUUCUGUUUGAACUGUUGGUGGGAGAGAACACCACAUCUGGACAUUUAUAGACUGAACAUCUUCAAUUCACUGUCGGAACAUUUGAUCUGAUCAUUUUCAGAUCAUUGAUGAAUUAAUCAAUAGUUGCUGAUUAAUCUUCUUCUGAUCAACUAACUGAUUAAUGACCUGAUAGCAUUCUGCAGGAGAAGUUCACUUGUUUCCUCCUCGACAUGAACGUGACGCUGCUGCAGUAGAUUCACGUUCUACUGACUAUAACAACUACAUUACCCAUGAGCCUCAGCUGAUGACUCACAGUUGUAAAAGCAGAAUUCGUUGCUGCAUCAACUUUGACCCAAACAAGUUUCUGUAGCUGCAGAUUCAACAGCUGGAUGAAGCUCUGUGAUUGGCUGUUUGUUAGUGAAAUGCAUCUUGGGAGUCGUAGUUGAUUUCUCCUUCAUAUAGCCACAAAGAAAAAGAAUCAACAAAUAUUCAUCAAGAUCCAUAAAUUAAUAAAACUGAUUCUUCAGUUUAUCACACAUUCAUGUCCUGUUACUAAUCAAUCACCUGAUCACAGCAGAUCUUCCUGUGUUUUAUUUUGUAGGAAACAUGGGAGGAGCAUCUGAACUGGACCUCAACUCCUCUGCUUGGCUCCGCCCCUGCAUUAACACCUCCUGUCAGCCUCCAAUCAGAGCAGCAUGUCCUUACAGCACUGCUCAGCUGAUCGGGGUCAUCAUGGUAACCGCCUCCCUCAGCAUCAUCACCGUGCUAGGCAACAUGCUGGUCAUCCUGUCCAUCAAAGUGAACCGCCACCUGCGCACCAUCAACAACUACUUCCUGUUGAGCCUGGCGGCGGCUGACCUGCUUGUGGGCCUUCUGUCCAUGAACCUGUACACGCUGUACCUGGUGGGGGGCCGCUGGCCCCUGGGGGCCACACUGUGUGACAUGUGGCUGGUCCUGGACCACGUGGUGAGCAGCGCCUCCGUCAUGAACCUGCUUCUCAUCAGUCUGGACCGCUUCUUUUGCAUGACGAGGCCACUCAGCUACCCAGCGCGGCGGACGGGAGGGAUGGCGGGGCUGAUGAUUGGGGGGGCGUGGCUGCUGUCCCUUGUCCUCUGGGCCCCCGCCAUCAUCACCUGGCAGAGUGCCGGGGGCAGACGGGUCGUCCCUGAAGGGGAGUGUUACACCCAGCUGCUGGUCAGUCCCGCUGUCACUCUGGCGACAACGCUUCCCUCCUUCUACCUGCCGGCGGUCAUCAUGGUCGUCCUGUACGGCCGCCUGUCCGCGGCCAGCCGCAGCCGCCUAAGCGCUUUGCGGUCCGAGCGGGGGAUGCUCAGGACGUCCAGUCCCUCCGUUAAAGACUUCCUCCUGAAGCGACGCAGUUGGGUGGCCAGUGACCCCACCUCAGACCUGUCUCUGAACCAAUCAGAGUCCAGCACCUCAAAGACCAGAAGGAACCGGAGAGCGUCCAGAAGUCCUGGAGACACGUCAGACGUCUGUCCGUCUCCCCAGCCGUGUCUCACUCAGACCGCCGCCUGCCGCACCACAGAAGAAGACUACAACAAGAUGGAGAACGAGUCCUCGUCCACCGCCGACCUCCACAGGAUGGCCUCGGCGGCGCUCUCCUGUCCCAGCUUCAGGUUGGAGGACAGGAGGAGACGGCGAGUGAUGGCGAGGGAGAGGAGGGUCACCAAGACCAUCCUGGCCAUCCUGCUGGCCUUCAUCCUCACCUGGACUCCCUACAACAUCAUGGCAGUGGUCGCGGCCUUCUGUCACGUGUGUGUCCCACAGAGUCUGUGGACCACAGGUUACUGGCUCUGCUACGUCAACAGCGCCAUCAACCCCGCCUGCUACGCCCUGUGCAGCGUCACCUUCAGGAAAACCUUCUGCCGCCUGUUGCGCUGCUGCCGGUGACACUGAUGUGGUUACAGAUGCGGCUAAGUCUUUGUUCGCCUUGUACGAUCUGUGAUGAUGUCACUCAGGGUUUGAAGUCACAGAGUGACGUGGAGCCGCUUGAAGUUUCUUCUCAACAUGAACUCAGCUGACGUUGCCAUGACGAAGACAGUCAGACGUGAAUCAAAUGACACACUGUCACUUUUAACCUCAGUUGAAUGAUGAUGUGAAGCUCUGUGAUUGGCUGUUUGCACCUGAGAGAACUCAUGUGACAUGCUAACCGUCGCCAUGGUAACACGUGGUAGAACCAGGAGCU